AUGUCGCAGUACUCGCCGUCCUUCGGCCGAUCACCACCACCACCACCUUCGCCACCACUUACGGCACCAAUAGCAGAACCGGAACAUGAUGUCUCCGACAGUAGGAAUGGAACCGUUCGACAGCCCCCAAUUACAGAAGAGCAACUGCUCCAGGUGGAGAUACUGGAGGUGCUUGAAGAAGCCCGCAACGGGAAUGGAGUCCACCAUGCAGUGCCUUGCAAAGCUUCGCCUACCAUUCCAAUUCAACCUACUGCAAUUCCAACUCCUUCGGAAAAACCUGGCAAUCGGUACGUUUUUGUCAAUGCUCAGGCGAAUGCCCCUGGAUAG